AUGAGCAAAACAUUAUUCGUCAAUGGCCGGAUCCUGUCCAAGACAGAGACUGGUCUCAAUGGCAACGCCCAUUUCUCGGACUGCAUGCUCAUCCAAGACGACAAAAUCGUCGCGGUCGGGUCUCGUCAUGAGGUCUCCCAGACUCUAGGCUCAGACGCCCAGAUUCGCGAUCUUAAUCAGCGUGUCGUUCUUCCUAGCUUCAUCGAUGGCCAUAUGCAUCUCCUCUUGCUCGGCCAAUCGCUUCGAAAGCUCGACCUUUCAAGAUGUACUUCACUUGAAGAUAUCCGGUCAUGUAUCCGCACAUACGCUGCUGAGAACCCAGACACACCAACUAUUCUUUGCAAAGGAUGGAGGCAUUACAUGACACCUGGUGGCGUUACGGCUGCGAUGCUGGAUGAUCUUGAUCCACGACCUAUCUUUAUUGAUGCUGGUUCUUUACACUCCUGCUGGUGUAAUACUGCAGCGAUAAAAGAACUUGAGGUUGAUGAUAUGCCAGAUCCAGCUGGCGGCAAGAUUUAUCGUGAUGCAGAUGGAAAGCCGUCUGGGCUUUUGGACGAAGGCGCCAUGAUGUCGAUCAUCUGGCCUUUCCAAGCAAAGUCAUCGCCGAAGCACGAACGAAUAGAGGCGAUCCGCGCCGCGGUAAAGGAGUACAACGCCGCCGGCUACACAGGCGCAGUUGAAAUGGCUAUGGAUGAAGAAGCAUGGGAUGCACUCGUAACGCUCAAAGAAACAGAACCCAAUCUCUCACUACGAAUAGCAGCUCACUGGCUCAUCAAACCGACCGCCAACCUUGAACAAAACUCAAAACAAGUGCAGCGAGCUAUCGAGCUGAGCAAACAGUACAACUCGACAACAAGCCCUGAUCUUCGACUUGUAGGAAUCAAGGUCAUCACAGACGGAAUUGUUGACGCAUGCACUGCCUACCUCUCUGAGCCGUAUGCUACUGCUGGAAGCCCACCGCCAAUCUGGGAGCCUGAAUUCCUCGAGCCCGUGGUUAAAGAGGCAGACGCUGGUGGCUUGCAAGUUGCUCUGCAUGCCAUUGGCGACGGUGCUGUCAGAAUGGCCAUUGACGCUAUUGAGAAACACGCCACACCAGGUCGAAGGCAUAGAAUUGAGCACUUGGAGCUCGUUUCCCCAGAAGACGCCAAGAGACUUGGAAAGCUUGGGUUAACAGCAUCCAUCCAGCCCAUCCACGCAGACCCAACAGCGUUAACAACAUGGCCUGAACUCCUUGGAGAAGAGCGAUAUCAACGGGCGUUUGCAUACCGAGAGUUCGCUGAUGCAGGCGCAUUAAUGGCGAUCGGUACUGAUAGCCCUACGUCACCAUGGUCGCCUAUGCAUAAUUUCCAUGUAGCUAUCAACCGGCAGUCCUCGAAGAACCCGGAGAACCCCAAGGUAGUACACGAACACUUUAGGUUGGGCCUGUGUGAGACUUUUGUUGCGGGUACAGAAGGUGCAGCUCGAAGUGUGUUUGCUGAAGAUCGUGUUGGAAGCUUGACACCUGGGAAAUUAGCGGAUUUUAUUGUCGUUGAUAUGGAAUGGGAUCCUAAGACAUUACUCAAAGCUGAGGUGAAGGAGACUUGGUUUGGAGGAUCCCACGUAUUUUAA